ACAGACAUCAGGAAGUUGCUCUCUAAGCAGAACGGGAAAUAUCUCAAUGAUUUAACAUGUUCUGGUUGUGAAUUCGGGCUAAGAGCUCUCUGCCAGAGGAUCCGUCCAGGUGUGCAGUGUGUCAGUAGGUGCAGAGGGAUCCAGUCUCUCUCUCCUGUGGACACAGGUUCUGCAGACAGUGCAUCACCAGAUACUGGGAGAGACCUGCUCCUUCAGGAGACUAUGACUGUCCUCAGUGUAGAAAGACAUCCAGAACACUUCCUGUACUACGGCACCUGAGUGAACCCAAUGAUGCAAGAGGCUCUGAAAUCAUGGACGACAACCUGCAGAGAGCCAUAGUAAACCACAAAGACAGUCUGACAAGGAGGUAUGAAUGUGUGAUAGGCAUUGAAAAAGCAGGGAAUCAAACUCCCCUCAACAGGAUUUACACAGAGCUCUACAUCACAGAAGGAGAGAGUGAAGGGGUUAACAAUGAACAUGAGGUGUGGCAGCUAGAGACAGCAUCCAGGACACCAACCUCACAUGACACAGCAAUCCACUGCAAUGACAUCUUUAAACUCUUCCCUGGCCAGGAGAGAAGCAUCAGAACCGUGCUGACAAAGGGAGUCGCUGGCAUCGGAAAAACAGUCUCUGUGCAGAAGUUCAUCCUAGACUGGGCUGAAGGGAAGGCAAACCAAGAUGUGGAUAUCAUGUUUGUUCUUCCUUUCCGGGAGCUGAACUUGAUUAAAGAUCGGCUGUACACUCUUCUCAGACUUUUAAAUGACUUCCACACAGAACUAGACAUAGGCAAUGCAAAGAAACUCACUGCCUGUAAAUCUAUGUUCAUCUUGGAUGGUUUGGAUGAAAGCAGAUUUCCAUUGGAUUUCCAGCACAACAAAAAGGUGUCUGAUGUCACACAGACAUCGUCUCUUGAUGUUCUGCUGACAAACCUCAUCAAGGGGAAUCUGCUUCCCUCUGCUCUCCUUUGGAUAACCUCCCGACCAGCAGCAACCAAUCAGAUCCCCCCUGAGUAUGUUGACCAGCUGACAGAGGUACGAGGGUUCAAUGACCCACAGAAGGAGGAGUACUUCAGGAAGAGAUUCAGUGAUGAGGACCUGGCCAGCAGAAUCAUCUCACACAUAAAGACGUCAAGGAGCCUCCACAUCAUGUGCCACAUUCCAGUGUUCUGUUGGAUUUCUGCAACAGUCCUUGAACACAUGUUGAGUACAGACAAGAGCAGAGAGAUGCCCACGACUCUGACUGAGAUGUCCAUACACUUCCUGCUCAUUCAGAGCAGCCUGAAGAACCAGAAGUAUCAUGGAAGAGAUGACAUGGAUCAAGAGGAGCUCAUGGAGUCAGAUAAGGACAUUCUUUUGAAGCUGGGGAAGCUGGCGUUUGAACAUCUGGAGAAGGGUAAUCUCAUGUUCUAUGAAGAAGACCUGAAAGAGUGUGGCAUUGAUGUCAAAGAAGCCUCAGUGUACUCAGGAUUGUGCACACAAAUCUUUAAAGAAGAGUCUGUGUUCUUUCAGAGAGUGGUGUACUGCUUUGUUCAUCUGAGCAUUCAGGAGUUUCUCUCAGCUGUCUACAUAUACCAUUGUUACACAACCAAGAACAUGGAUGCACUGAAGCCCUUCCUCAAGAGAAAGUCUAGAGCUGCGUAUGAAGAGCUAACCUUGCAUGAGCUGCUGAAGAGUGCUGUGGAUAAAGCCUUGGAGAGUAAGAAUGGACACCUGGACCUUUUCGUCCGCUUCCUUCAUGGCAUGUCACUGGAGUCCAAUCAGAAACUCCUACGAGGUCUGGUGACACAGACAGAAAGCAGUCCACAGAGCGUCGAGAAAACGAUCCGAUCCCUUAAGGUGAUGCAGAAGAACAUGUCCCCUGAGAGGUGGAUCAAUCUCUUCCACUGUCUGAUAGAGAUGAAAGACCAGUCAGUCCAGGAGGAAAUCCAAGCAUACUGGAGGUCAGAGAACACAUCCAAAAUCCUCACACUUGCUCACUGUUCAGCACUGGCCUACAUGCUGCAGAUAUCAGAGGAGGUUCUGGAUGUGUUUGACCUGAAGGUAUACAAGACUUCAGAGGAGGGUCGUAGGAGACUGCUCCCAGCUGUGAGGCACUGCAGGAAAGCUCUACUCACUGACUGUCACUUCUCAGACACGUUAUGUGAAGUGUUGUCUUCAGUUCUCAGCUCAAACUCCUCACAUCUGGUAGAGCUGGAUCUGAAUGAAUGUUAUGGCCUGACCGAUUCAGGAGUGAAACUGCUCUCUGCUGGACUGGGAAAUCCACAAUGUAAACUGGAUACUCUGAGACUCACUGACUGUAACCUCACAGACACAUCCUGUGAAGUGUUGGUCUCAGCUCUCAGUUCAAACACCUCACAUCUGAGAGAGCUGGAUCUGAGUAACAAUGACCUGAAGGAUUCAGGAGUGGAGCUGCUCUCUGCUGGACUGUGGAGUCCCCACUGUAAACUGGGGAGACUGAAACUCGCUGGCUGUAAACUCACAGACACAUCCUGUGAAGUGUUGGCCUACGUUCUCAGGCGAAACUCCUCACACCUGAGAGAGCUGGAUCUGAGUAACAAUGACCUGAAGGAUUCAGGAGUGAAGCUGCUCUCUGCUGGACUGGGGAAUCCCCACUGUAAACUGGAGACUCUGAGCUUGUCACUCUGUGGAGUCGAAGAGGAAGGCUGUGCUUCUCUGGUCUCAGCUCUGAGGUCAAACCCCUCACACCUGAGAGAGCUGGACCUGAGUAACAAUCGCUCAGGAGACUCAGGAGUCAGACUGCUCUCUGCUGGACUGGAGGAUCCAAACUGCAGACUGGAGAAACUCAAUGUGGAACCUGGUGGAGUGUACACAAUCAAACCUUGGCCUAGAAAAUAUGCCUGUGAUCUCACACUGGACCCAAACACAGUAAACAUAAAGCUCUCUCUGUCUGAGGACAACAGAAAGGUGACACGUAGCGAAGAGGCUCAGCCGUAUCCUGAUCACCCCGAGAGAUUUGUGGACUGUGAACAGGUGCUGUGUAGAGAGGGUCUGACUGGGCGCUGUUACUGGGAGGCAGAGAGGAGUGGGAUAGGGGCUGAUGUAGGAGUGACAUAUAAAGGAAUCAGCAGGAGAGAAGGGGGGGAUGAGGACUGUGUGAUUGGACAGAAUGACAAGUCCUGGAGUCUGAGCUGCUUUAACAACCGUUACACUGCCUGGCACAAUGAUAAUUACACUGACAUAGACGUCCCUUCCUCCAGCUCCCACAGAGUAGGAGUGUAUCUGGACUGGCCAGCCGGCACUCUGUCCUUCUACAGAGUCUCCUCUGACACACUGACCCACCUGUACACAUAUCACACCACAUUCACUGAGCCCCUCUAUCCAGGGUUUCAGCUUUGGGAUGACUCCUCUUCAAUGUCCCUGUGUCAGGUGGUCCCUGUGCCACUGAACAUCUCUUUCCAUGAUGGUCUUGUCAUUGAACCAUCCCAGAAGACCAAGAGACCCGGGUUUGCUUCCGUGCCCCGCCGUUCGCUACAUGGAUGUCAGAAGGGGGAUGGUGGCCGUGAGGCCAUCAGAAGGCCUGGACGUGUGAGGGGGCUAAGUAGUGCCUUCCAGAUCGCAAGGGGGCAGUAUAGGAACAGUGUUAAGAAGUCGGCGGCCAGGCGGGUCCCAACGUUUAACCUUCGCCUCUACGAGCCCAUUGAGGAGUCCUCUCUGCCAGAGGAUCAGUCCAGGUGUGCAGUGUGUCAGCAGGUGCAGAGGGAUCUAGUCUCUAUCACCUGUGGACACAGGUUCUGCAGACAGUGCAUCACCAGAUACUGGGAGAGACCUGCUCCUUCAGGAGACUAUGACUGUCCUCAGUGUAGAAAGACAUCCAGAACACUUCCUGUACUACGGCACCUGAGUGAACCCAAUGAUGCAAGAGGCUCUGAAAUCAUGGACGACAACCUGCAGAGAGCCAUAGUAAACCACAAAGACAGUCUGACAAGGAGGUAUGAAUGUGUGAUAGGCAUUGAAAAAGCAGGGAAUCAAACUCCCCUCAACAGGAUUUACACAGAGCUCUACAUCACAGAAGGAGAGAGUGAAGCGGUUAACAAUGAACAUGAGGUGUGGCAGCUAGAGACAGCAUCCAGGACACCAACCUCACAUGACACAGCAAUCCACUGCAAUGACAUCUUUAAACUCUUCCCUGGCCAGGAGAGAAGCAUCAGAACCGUGCUGACAAAGGGAGUCGCUGGCAUCGGAAAAACAGUCUCUGUGCAGAAGUUCAUCCUAGACUGGGCUGAAGGGAAGGCAAACCAAGAUGUGGAUAUCAUGUUUGUUCUUCCUUUCUGGGAGCUGAACUUGAUUAAAGAUCAGCAGUACACUCUUCUUGGACUUCUAAAUUAUUUCCACACAGAACUAGACAUAGGCAAUGCAAAUAAACUCACUGCCUGUAAAUCUAUGUUCAUCUUGGAUGGUUUGGAUGAAAGCAGAUUUCCAUUGGAUUUCCAGCACAACAAAAAGGUGUCUGAUGUCACACAGACAUCGUCUCUUGAUGUUCUGCUGACAAACCUCAUCAAGGGGAAUCUGCUUCCCUCUGCUCUCCUUUGGAUAACCUCCCGACCAGCAGCAACCAAUCAGAUCCCUCCUGAGUGUGUUGACCAGCUGACAGAGGUACGAGGGUUCAAUGACCCACAGAAGGAGGAGUACUUCAGGAAGAGAUUCAGUGAUGAGGACCUGGCCAGCAGAAUCAUCUCACACAUAAAGACGUCAAGGAGCCUCCACAUCAUGUGCCACAUUCCAGUGUUCUGUUGGAUUUCUGCAACAGUCCUUGAACACAUGUUGAGUACAGACAAGAGCAGAGAGAUGCCCACGACUCUGACUGAGAUGUCCAUACACUUCCUGCUCAUUCAGAGCAGCCUGAAGAACCAGAAGUAUCAUGGAAGAGAUGACAUGGAUCAAGAGGAGCUCAUGGAGUCAGAUAAGGACAUUCUUUUGAAGCUGGGGAAGCUGGCGUUUGAACAUCUGGAGAAGGGUAAUCUCAUGUUCUAUGAAGAAGACCUGAAAGAGUGUGGCAUUGAUGUCAAAGAAGCCUCAGUGUACUCAGGAUUGUGCACACAAAUCUUUAAAGAAGAGUCUGUGUUCUUUCAGAGAGUGGUGUACUGCUUUGUUCAUCUGAGCAUUCAGGAGUUUCUCUCAGCUGUCUACAUAUACCAUUGUUACACAACCAAGAAAAUGGAUGAACUGAAGCCCUUCCUCAAGAGAAAGUCUAGAGCUGCGUAUGAAGAGCUAACCUUGCAUGAGCUGCUGAAGAGUGCUGUGGAUAAAGCCUUGGAGAGUAAGAAUGGACACCUGGACCUUUUCGUCCGCUUCCUUCAUGGCAUGUCACUGGAGUCCAAUCAGAAACUCCUACGAGGUCUGGUGACACAGACAGAAAGCAGUCCACAGAGCGUCGAGAAAACGAUCCGAUCCCUUAAGGUGAUGCAGAAGAACAUGUCCCCUGAGAGGUGGAUCAAUCUCUUCCACUGUCUGAUAGAGAUGAAAGACCAGUCAGUCCAGGAGGAAAUCCAAGCAUACUGGAGGUCAGAGAACACAUCCAAAAUCCUCACACUUGCUCACUGUUCAGCACUGGCCUACAUGCUGCAGAUAUCAGAGGAGGUUCUGGAUGUGUUUGACCUGAAGGUAUACAAGACUUCAGAGGAGGGUCGUAGGAGACUGCUCCCAGCUGUGAGGCACUGCAGGAAAGCUCUACUCACUGACUGUCACUUCUCAGACACGUUAUGUGAAGUGUUGGCUUCAGUUCUCAGCUCAAACUCCUCACAUCUGGUAGAGCUGGAUCUGAAUGAAUGUUAUGGCCUGACAGAUUCAGGAGUGAAACUGCUCUCUGCUGGACUGGGAAAUCCACAAUGUAAACUGGAUACUCUGAGACUCACUGACUGUAACCUCACAGACACAUCCUGUGAAGUGUUGGUCUCAGCUCUCAGUUCAAACACCUCACAUCUGAGAGAGCUGGAUCUGAGUAACAAUGACCUGAAGGAUUCAGGAGUGGAGCUGCUCUCUGCUGGACUGUGGAGUCCCCACUGUAAACUGGGGAGACUGAAACUCGCUGGCUGUAAACUCACAGACACAUCCUGUGAAGUGUUGGCCUACGUUCUCAGGCAAAACUCCUCCCACCUGAGAGAGCUGGAUCUGAGUAACAAUGACCUGAAGGAUUCAGGAGUGAAGCUGCUCUCUGCUGGACUGGGGAAUCCCCACUGUAAACUGGAGACUCUGAGCUUGUCACUCUGUGGAGUCGAAGAGGAAGGCUGUGCUUCUCUGGUCUCAGCUCUGAAAUCAAACCCCUCACACCUGAAAGAGCUGGAUCUGAGUAACAAUCGCUCAGGAGACUCAGGAGUCAGACUGCUCUCUGCUGGACUGGAGGAUCCAAACUGCAGACUGGAGAAACUCAAUGUGGAACCUGGUGGAGUGUACACAAUCAAACCUUGGCCUAGAAAAUAUGCCUGUGAUCUCACACUGGACCCAAACACAGUCAACAUAAAGCUCUCUCUGUCUGAGGACAACAGAAAGGUGGCACGUAGCGAAGAGGCUCAGCCGUAUCCUGAUCACCCCGAGAGAUUUGUGGACUGUGAACAGGUGCUGUGUAGAGAGGGUCUGACUGGGCUCUGUUACUGGGAGGCAGAGAGGAGUGGGAUAGGGGCUGAUGUAGGAGUGACAUAUAAAGGAAUCAGCAGGAGAGAAGGGGGGGAUGAGGACUGUGUGAUUGGACAGAAUGACAAGUCCUGGAGUCUGAGCUGCUUUAACAACCGUUACACUGCCUGGCACAAUGAUAAUUACACUGACAUAGACGUCCCUUCCUCCAGCUCCCACAGAGUAGGAGUGUAUCUGGACUGGCCAGCCGGCACUCUGUCCUUCUACAGAGUCUCCUCUGACACACUGACCCACCUGUACACAUAUCACACCACAUUCACUGAGCCCCUCUAUCCAGGGUUUCAGCUUUGGGAUGACUCCUCUUCAAUGUCCCUGUGUCAGGUGGUCCCUGUGCCAAACACAUGAUGUUUGACUCUAAUCCUGGUCAUGUUCAGUAAGACACACUGGAACAAAUAUUGAUAUUAACUCUCUAGUCAUGAGUUAACAGAUGAUUAUUAUAUCUAAAUAUUCAUGAUUAUACACCACUGAAGUUGAUAGACAUUGUAAAAUACCAAUGAAUAGAAUGUAUCAUCACUGUUGUUAAAACGUCUCAUUUAGACAUCAUUGAUCGUGCUGUUAUUGCUUUUUCAUGUUUGUAAAUAUUCCUGUCUGUAAAAUUGUUGACAAAACAAUCUUACGUCUGUAUAAACAUAAAUGCCACUGAAUGAAAUGUACAGGUCACAGAUUUGACUAAUAAAGGUUA